AUGACUGCUGCUGUACAGGCCCCUGUGGACCUCCUCAACCACCAACUCAAGUCUCUGGACAUCCAACAGAUCGACAGGUACAACGGCGCCUACGGUGACCUCAACAAUGACCUUUACGGCAAGGCCACCAAGGCUUACAAGAAGGAAAAUGUGACAGAGGAUGAAAAGCAACGUCGCAUCUUUGCGACCAGCUACGAGCCGUCGGAGGAGUGGUGGGCUACCAACCAGAAGGAGUACAAGAAGCCCGAGCACGACCCGCUCCCCGAAGGAUUCCCCGAGAAGGUCGUCUCACCCACUGUAUGGGAUGGCAAGGUGCUCAUUAACGAGCCCAAAAAGUGGACCUACAACUUCACCACCGAGGACAUCAACGUCCUCAACGCCGCAUAUGACCACUUUGUGUCUCUGAAGGUGUCGAACGACUCGAUCUCACGCGAGACAUUCCCUAUCCCCGCGGACUCGGGACUCUUCAAGCAGCUUCAGGAGACCGACAAGGAGAUUAAGAGUGGUCUCGGUUUCCGUGUCCUCCGCGGUCUGCCCGUUGACGACUGGGAGCGUAUCAAGCAGAUUGUAAUCUUCGCCGGUAUCUCGUCCUACGUCGGGGGCAGGCGGAUUAAGCAGGGACCCAAGAACAUUGUCCACCUGCGCGACAUUACCCAGCUCGAGGCCGACAAGCGUCCCGCCAUCGUCGUCAAGGGCCAGACAAGCGGUAACCAAGUCUACCACAACGAUGGAAGCACCGGUAUCGUCGGCCUCCUCACCCUUGGAAGGGCAGAGACUGGUGGACUGUCGCAGCUCGCGUCCGUCGGACACACGUACAAUGAACUGGCUGCCACCCGCCGCGACAUUGUCCGCGAGCUGGCCAAGGACGACUGGAAGAACAAGAUCUUCCCUGAUGGCAAGGCACUCAUCUUCCCCAUCGACGGUGAUCAGAUCGUCUCCUCAUACUCUCGCCGGCCCUUCUUCGGGUUCUUCGAGGCUGACGCGGACGUCCCGCCUCUUCCCACGGAGAAGCACCUCGCCCUCGACGCCAUCCACUUCACCGCCGCCAAGUCUGGACUCGACAUUGAGCUUCGCAAGGGCGACCUGGAGUACUUGAACAACGUCCUGGUCUUCCAUGCGCGAGACGCGUCCGAAGACUCGGAGGAGAAUGCCAGGCACCUGAUUCGAAUCCACCUCGAGAACCUGGAACAGCCUCUGCCUGCCCAUUUGCGCGAGGCAUUUAACACUUUGAAUGCCGGCGAGGCUCACGACUGGCCUCUGGAGGCCUGGGAUGAGUAG